AUGAUACCCUCCUCGCCCCUGCACGCCGUUUUCCGGCGCCACCUCAACCUCCUGCGCCAGGCCCGCCUGCCAAAGACACCCAACGCACCAAAGCGACCACAGUCAACAAACUCACAACCCCCAAAACACGACACAUCAUCGUCGUCGUCACCACCGCCGCCGCCAAAGGCCCAAGACCCGAUCCCCGUCCCAAACACCGUCCCUCCGCCGCCUACCUUCUGGCAGCGCCUCGGGCCCCUGACCCGCGCCGGCCAGGCCUACGCCCGCACCCAGCGCCGCCAUCCCUACCUCACCCAGACUGCCGCGACUCUCGUCAUCUACUGCGCGGGCGACGUCGCUGCCCAGUACAUUGGCCGCGAUGACGCUCCUGUCGCGACCGCAUCGUCGUCGUCCUCCUCCACCACUCCCUCGACAACGACAACAACGACGACAAAAACAGCAACAUCAAUAGCAAACGAGCCGCUGCAACCACAACCGCCCUCCUUCUCCAGCCAAUACGACCCCAUCCGCACCCUCCGCUCCAUGUCGAUAGGCGGCCUCGCCGCCAUCCCAGGGUGGCACUGGUUCCUCUUCCUCUCGUCAAACUUCAACUUCCCCCAGUCCCGGUUUCUCUCGAUCCUCACCAAGGUGGCCAUAAACCAGGCCCUCUUCACCCCUCUGUUCAACUCGUACUUCUUCGGCGCCCACUCGCUGCUCUCCGGGUCCACCGCCGAAGAAGCCCUCGAGCGCAUCCGCCGUGCCGUCCCCGUCAGCAUGGUCAACAGCCUCAAGCUCUGGCCCGCCGUCACCGCGUUCAGCUUCGCCUUCAUCCCCAUCGAGUUCCGCAGCCUGUUCGCAGGGGGCAUCGCCAUCGGAUGGCAGGCGUACCUGAGCUUUUUGAAUAAGGAGGCUGCCGAGGCGGCGCGCAGGGAGACUGCCGCUGCUGGUGCUGCCGCUGCGGUCAAGGCGUGCCAGACAGGAGAAGGAGGGCGAGCUGUCGAGGGCAGCAGUGGCAGCAGCAGCAGAAUGGCUCCCGCGCCGGCCGCGUGCUGA